CAUUAUCACUCAUCACAACACACGCAUCAUCAAAAUAGAGAGGCCAAAGAAAAGAAAUGGGCUCAGAAGCCAUUGUUAAGCUUCCAGUCAUUGACUUUAACAGCAUUGACUUGGAAGGUAAAAACCCUAAUAAAUGGGGCGAAGUGAAAUCCCAAGUCCACAAAGCACUUGAAGAGUGUGGUUGCUUUGAGGCUUUGUUUGAUAAGGUUCCUUUAGGUAUUAGGAAAUCCUUGCUUGUUGUGCUCAAAGAGCUCUUUGAUCUCCCUCUUCAGACCAAGCUACGAAAUGUGUCUAAGAAGCCUUUUCAUGGUUAUGUUGGGCAAUACCCUCACGUGCCACUCUAUGAGAGCAUGGGCAUUGAUGAUGCAAAUGUCCUUGACGAAGUUGAGAGCUUGGGAAAUAACUUGUGGCCUGAAGGACACCCAAGUUUCAGUAAAACUAUACAAGCAUUCUCAGAGCAGGCAUCAGAGUUGGAUCAGAUAGUAAGGAAGAUGGUUCUGGAAAGUUUGGGAGUUGAGAAGUACUUGGAUGAGCACAUGAAGUCAACCAAUUAUCUUCUGAGGGUUAUGAAAUACUCUGCCCCUCAAACUGGAGACACCAAGCUGGGCAUAGCCUCUCACACAGACAAGAACAUAGUGACCAUACUGUACCAGAAUGAAGUUGAGGGUUUACAAGUUGAAACCAAAGAUGGAAAAUGGAUCACUUACCAACCCUCCUCGCCUCAUAGUUUCGUGGUUAUGAUCGGCGACUCUUUCCAUGCAUGGACAAAUGGGAGGUUAUAUUCAGCAUUUCACAGGGUGAUGAUGACGGGAAAUAAGGCGAGAUACUCAGCAGGACUGUUUUCGAUACCAAAAGGAGGGUAUAUGGUUAAAGCACCAGAGGAGCUGGUGGAUGAUGAACACCCUCUUCCGUUUAAGCCCUUUGAUCACGUUCAGUUUCUGAGCUAUUACUACACUGAAGAGGCCCAGAGACAGAAAUUUGCUUUGAAGACUUACUGUGGCGCUUGAGGAAACUGCGAUGUUAUUGAGUCUAUUUUAUAAAUUAUAACGUUGUGUUGUUGUAUCAUAUGCACUAUUCUGUACGUUUAGUGUGCUACAGUAUUAUUCCCGAAUAUCCCACGUCAUGUAUCUUUAUUUUUUAGUCAAAAUAGUUUAUAUUAGAUUUGGACUUCAUAACCUAAACUGUGUUCUUAUAACUUAUGAGAAUAAAAUAUCAUGAAGUGUUGGUACUGUA